GUAAAUUAUGUACCACGCCAUUUCUGGAAAUAAACCCAUUUCCUACCUCUCCUUGGGGUAAUUAAGGGAGUUUAUGUUUCUGGUUAAUCAAGCCGUUCCUUGCUAGCAUGUUUAAUUAGCUUACUUGAUGGCAAGGCAUCCGUAGUUCUAGGGAAGAAUUCUAGCUGUUGCUAUGUAGCUAAUGAAACAUGCUAGUAAGUUGCGCCGCCGAUUCAGGGAGCCAGAGAAAGGUGACGCUCAUUUAUUUAAAUCAAAGGGAGGUGGGAAAUUAGUUUAUUUCCCGAAAUUGUACAGUAUUGCUUUUUCAUCAAACAAAUGCCUUCUUCGUUAGAUUUAGAACAAGAUGAUGACCGGGACGAGACGGGUAGUCUGGCUGACUCAGAGGCUAGCAGCACUUGCUCCCGUUUACCUCUGGCUUCUAUUUUCGUCGAGGCAGGCAGAAAUAAAAUGUCCCAGGCAAAGGUAGAAGAAUGUCACCGGGCAGUUACCAAAUUUGUUGUUAAGGGUUUGCACCCAUUUUCUACAGUAGACGCCCCUGAAUUUCGGGAGAUGACAAAGGUUCUCAAUCCAAAAUACAAAGCCCCCAGCAGGGAAAGCUUAACCAACCACUUAAUCCCUGCUUGGUAUGGUGUGGAAAAGGGAAAUGUGAUCUCUGAACUGAAAACAGUGUCAAAGGCAGCUAUCACGGCUGAUGGGUGGACAAGCUUUUGUCAGGAUCAUUAUCUCACGGUUACUCUGCACUACGUGAGCAAUGGCCAGGUAAAGGAAAAGGUCCUAAAAACCAAAGCCGUGUACCAAUCUCAGACAGGCUCAGCUGUAGCAGAGGAGAUUGAUUACAUUUUAGAAGAAUAUGGUGUACGGGAAAAGGUUGUGGCAGCAACUGUAGACAAUGCAGCGAACAUGGAUGUAGCCAUCAAACAGCUGCAAAUUGUCAAAUUUCCAUGCUUCGCUCAUACGCUGAACCUGGGAGCGCAAAAGCUGUACAACUGCACUGCCAUAUCCAAUUGGGCAGCACGAGUUCGAGCAGUUGUUGUCUGGAUGAAGAGGUCCCACAUGGCAAAAGUUGUUCUUAAAGAGAAACAAGACUUGCUCAAGCUGCCCAAGCACAUGCUCCUCCUGGAUGUAAGGACCAGAUGGAAUUCCCUCUAUUUGAUGAUGGAGAGAUUCACCGAGCAGUUCCCUGCUAUCCAGGCUGCAGCCAUAGAUCCACGCAUAAGAAGACCCAUGGAGAAGGAAAGGUUGGACAGAAUAGGCAACGAGGACUUAAGGAAAGCAGAGGAGUUUGUGCAUCUCAUGCGGAAGCAUUACACCUCCACACUGGCCGUCUCCAGCGACAAAAGUGCAACCUGCGGUGAGAUUUUGCCCAUCUUGCAGAAGCUGGAGCAACAGUACACUGUGCAGGAAGGUGACUCUGCGUUCACAAGGAGCAUCAAGGAGAACAUUUGGAAGGAUCUCUCCAAACGCUACCAGGGAACUGACAUUCAGAGAUUCCUGGAGGAAGCCACCAUCUUGGACCCCAGAUUUAAAUACAAAGUGAAAAGUGAUGCAGUCUGCGACAGGAUCAGGGAAGCUGCAAUAACAGCAAAUACAGUGGCAGCAAGAGAUGAGCUCCCAGGGGAAGGAGAGACACAGAGGGAAGGCUGCGAAGAUGGGGAGGAGGAAGAAGUAGAGGAACACUAUGCACUGCCACCACCAUCAAAAAAGACAGCCUUGGAAGAACUAUUCGAGGAGGAGGACAACGAGCUGCAGUCAAUCCGUGAAUCACAGCCCCGUCUUUCCCUGGCUCAGAAGGUGGAUCAGGAAAUCCAGUUCUACAAAAGCCUGCCCUCCAUCCCCUGCAGGGAUAGCGCCGCACUGUGGUGGUGGAACAAGCAGGAUACGCUGCCCUUGCUAUCUGGACUGGCUGAAAACUACCUCUGUGUGCAGGCUUCCUCCACCCCAUCUGAGAGGGUGUUCUCCACGGCUGGAGACACCAUAAGCCCCGAAAGAUCCCGUAUCCUUCACACACACACACACACACACACACACAGUGCUUGUGAUUACAUUGUUCUUGUAAUUACAUGAUUCAGUAUUUGUUAUUUGUUGUUAUUUGUUACAUUUUCUUGUACAGAAAAGCAGAUAUGUUCAUCUGCAAAAGAACUGUUAAUUUUUUUUACACACACACACACACACACACACACACACUACUUGAGUGCGCGCACACACACACACACACACACACACACACUUGUUAUUAGAGAUUAAUAAGUAACUGUCACAAUAGAAUAUUUUUCAUUAAAACAAAGAUAAAUGUUACAUCAAACUGUUUAUUCUCCUUUUUCCCCCAAAUUGGAAUCGAUAAGAGAAUCGAUAAGGAAUUGAAUCGUUUCACAGAAUCGAUAAGGGAAUCGGAAUCGUAAAAAUCUUAUCAAUUCCCAUCCC